GGUGGUGCAGGGAGCCUGAAGCGCCAGAAGACCAGAAGAGGAGGUCUGAAGCUGGGUCCAGUAAGGGGGAGUGUUCAGGGAGGAGAGAAGGAGGAGACAGUAACAAAAAGGAGACAGUGAGGCAGAGAGGACAGACAGAGAGAAGAAAGGCAGUGAUAGCAACACACGAUCAGAGACAAAAGAUGGAUUUAAAUUUACUUCAAGCUCUGGAAAGAGAAAGAGUACUGGAGGUUCUUCGGAGAGACAAGCAGCUGCGUAUCAUUGAGGAGGACAGGAUCAGGAGGAUGAAGUACGAGCUCCAGGAGCUUCGAAGGAGAGGUGCCAAGAGUUACUCCCGGCAGUACGGCGAGCGGACCUGCGCCCGCUGCCAGAGGCCUCUGGGAAAGUUCUGGAACUCGGGCGCAGUCUGCCGCGGCUGCAGCCACCGGAUCUGCAGCAGGUGCCGAGUAGGUGUAGGAACAGCUGACUGGAAGUGCACGGUCUGCCACGCCUACAGGGAGGUGAAGAUCAGGUCUGGGGAGUGGUUCUUAGAGGAGAAGGCAAGGAAAUUUCCGGUCACCACAGACAAAUAUGAAACAGUUGGGGAGAAGCUAUUAAAGACCUGUAAUGUGCUGAGUCACAUAUCAGUUGUGCCACCGACUCCUCCGCCCCAUUUGGAUCAUCAGUUUCUGAGCAGAUCUGGGGAUUUGAAAAACACAAAACCUUUUACCAAAUCAGUGGAGGAUCUAAUGGUUUCGUUCACAAGUCACAUCAAAAAGAUUUCAACUUCUCAAAACGAUGUGCGAGGAGACCUGCUGAAAGUUGACAACGGCCGCAAAGGGUCGCGCUUCAUCUACAGCACCCAAAAGAGCCUGUCUGACACCGACAUCAGCAAAGCAUCCCAUCUCUUCAAAGUCCCAAGUCUUCCAAACCUGUUCAAGAAAAACAAAGACAGCGACCAGGAAGGCUCCUCCACCGGGGCAGAAGAAGAAACUUCCUUCAGUUCUGAGUAUUCUGGAGGAAAGAGAGGCAGUAACAGCAGCAUCAGCACAGAGUACGGCUUCUUUGACAUCGUCAGCAUAGCAGGAGAGCUGGAGCUGGCUCUGGCCUACAACACCAGAACCUCCUGUCUGGAGAUCACGGUUGGCGGAUGCAGAAAUCUCGCUUAUGGAGACGCCAAGAAGAGGAAGUGUCACCCAUAUGUCAAACUCUAUGUGCUGCCGGAAAAGAGCGGCAAAAUGAAGACGGCCGUGAAGAGAAAUACGACUGAUCCGGUUUAUAAUGAGCUUUUGAAGUAUCAAAUAGAGCGGCACCUGCUGUUUGGAAAGAGACUGCAGGCCUCUGUGUGGCAUUCAGGGACCCUGAGAAGGAAGGUGUUUCUCGGUGAGAUCCUAAUUCCACUGGAUGGCUGGAGAUUUGAGAACGAAGCCUCCCAGUGCUUCAACUGGUACCCGCUGUGUCCAAAGGCUGAGAGUCCAGACGGAGGCGCUAUGGAGCAGGACAGAGGAGAACUGCCGGUCAAGCGCAGCUCCAUCAGCCAGGGUGAGCUCCUGCGGCUCAGCUCCCUUAAAUGUCUCCAAGAAAAAGAGAUGCAUCUGACUGUUUGCCAGAUUAGAUAAACCUAUUGUAUUCUUAUUUAAUUUAUUUAAGAACUUAAGAACUUCUCUCCAUUUCAACACGGUGAAAAUGUUGCUGAUCAUCCCCAGGUUUGCAGCAAAUCUUGCAAAUGGAGAACUGUGCAGUUGUAUAUGAUAAGCACAAAAACAUCACAUAAUGUCAGCUUUUAGAGAGAAGCCGCGACAGCCUUGUGUUUAGCUUACUUUUUUUUUGUUGUUGUUGUUGUUAUUUAUUUAUCUAUUUAUUUAUUUUGACCCUUACUUUCUCAAAUCAUGCGAAGCAUUAAAUCUUUAAUCUGAAAUAAAACAUAAAUAUCACAAAAAGCUACUUUUUAAUGUGUUUUUCAGAGAGCCCAGGCAGGGUUUGG